UACCAACUGCGCAGAACCUCCGGCGCGCCGCAGAGCAACUUUCCUCAAAACCCUUUUCAACGCGCUGAACCACUCCUCCACCGACAACCGCAGCAACCAUGGUGUACCGCUGGAGACUCUAUCGCGAUAUCUGCUACCGGCUGUAUGUGGAAGAGAACAAGUCGUUGGAUGAGGUGAUCCAGUAUAUGCGGGAGGAGCAUAAUUUCACCCCCAGCCGACGCGCCUUUCAGACCGCCUUCUCGGGGUGGAAAUUCCCGAACAAGCAGAACCCGCUGUACAAGAAUGAGCAGUUCGUGGCCCGGGUGCGCGAACUGUGGGAGCGGAAUGUCUCCCAGAAGGACAUGGUCGCGAUCCUCGUCAGCGAGGGCUACGAGGUUGGCGAGCGCGAGGUGGCGAGAGUUCGGGCCAGGCACGGCUGGAAGUUGCGGUCCUCCGUCAGCACAUAUGGAAUGGUCAAUCCCGCACGGCAACAGACUCAGGCCCCAGAUGAUGACGGAGCCGAGGGCGACGCAGCGCAGCACGACCGCGACAACGGCGUAAAUGGGCUUGACAACGGACACGAUCAGGGAAACGAGCCCCAGGGCGGCUAUUACGAUUAUGGCGCCAGUGGCAGUGGCAGUGGCGGCGGCCUGUCGCCCGCUGAUGCACAGGUCCAGGACGAGACGCUCGACGCGAUGCGCGAGGCUCGCCGGGAAUACAGGAAGCGGCUCUACGAAAUCGAAUCUCACGAGCGAUGGUUGGCCAAGAAGCGGCGUCGGCACACUCGGCCGUACGGCGGUCUGCCGGCGGACCCGCCCGGGCCGCCUCGCUUCCCGUCCGAGACGACACUCACCGAGGCCAAGGACAUCCUGCAGCUCGACGACAAAGCCUACAAGAUGGUCCGCGAGAAGUUCCACUCCAUCUGCGAGAACGCAGGCGUCUACAAGAAGACGCUCGCCGGGCCGGAGCGGUGGGAGGCGCUCAAGGACCAGCUGGUCCGCGAGAGUAUGCACCUCCGCGCCGUGCUGUGGGACCCCGCCGACAUGGAGAAGAAGAAGCUUGCUAUCGAGAUCAUCGCGUGCGACGUGACCAAGAGGAUGCGGGUCGUAGCAAACGGCAUCAACACGACCGACGCCAAGGUCAUCCUCGGGCUGAAUCCGGACCAGGCGCGGACUAUCCGCGCCCAGCUCUACAACAUCCUGGCCCAGGAGAAGUUCACGUCCAAGUUCGAAGAAGGCGUGGAGUAUUUCGAAACGCUCAAGCAGAGGUGGAUCGCCAGCUCACCAGAGCUGAGUAGUGUCGUGGCGGCGGGGCCGGCGGAUCCCGACCAUGCGCGCAAGAUGAGGGCGAUCAACGCGCUUUGCCGCGAGACCACGAGGAGGUACCGAGACGCCGCACGUCGCAUGGGCGGACCGCCACCGGUGCUACAGCCGCCCAAGCCGAAGCCUAGGAAGCGAAAGCCCAAGGCGCCCAAGCCGGACCGGAAGCAGUCGGCAGAGACCGCAGGCAAUCAGGCCGCUCAGGCAGCCCCGACACCCGGCGCGGAGUCCGUUCUCGAAACGCCCGGGCCAACGGAACCAGCAGAGCCGGCACCAUCAGCGGAGACGGCGCCACCAGCAGAGACGGCGCCGUUAACAGAGACGGCACCAUCAGCAGAGACGGCACCACCCGCACCGCCCGCACCGCCCGCACCGCCCGCACCACCGGCUCAACCCCGUCGGCGGGGACGGCCCAAGGGCUCCCGCAACAAGCCAAAGCCAUUGCCUCAUCUCAGCUCUCGUCUAGUGCUGGCAGAGCCCGGGGAGCCGCAAACAGACCAGGAGAUGGUAGAUGCGCAACUCGGGGCCAACGCACCGGCCCAUGCACCUGCCGCAGCCCAGACCCCACAGGCGAACGGGCAGCCCGGGCAAGGGCAUGGCGCCGCGACACGGGAGCAGACGACGACAACAGCAGCACCGUCCAACGGUCCCAUCGCCGUCUUUUUCCGGCUCAACUCGUCAUCGAUGGUCUUCUUCCGCUCGGCGCCGCGGCAGUGGAUCUGCCCGCUCGAGUCGCGGACGAUCGCCGCGCUGCGGAGCGCGGCCGUGCAGAAGACGCCCGGGGCGCUGUGCUACAAGAUCGAGGGCAUCGUCAAGGACGGCAAGGGCGGCGAGCUGCCGCUGCCGGUGAGCGAUCAGGUCGAGCUGGACACGUACCUGCAGCACGUCGAGGGCCAGGGGGCGCCGACGUUCGAGAUUCAUGUCGUGCCUGGGGAAUAGGGGGUGGAAGGCGGAUGUCUGGCGGUCGGGAGGGGGAAUUCGCUGAUACUCAGAAUUCUUAAUUGCACUUUGCAUGGGCCGCUUCGAGGUGAUUGAAAAGGAUAGGAUGCAUGAUGAUAAAUCCCAAACCCUGGAUCCAUUCAACUUUGACAUAUGGUGAUUGACUCUGCCUGAUACAGUAUUCGCUGCUACAUGUGGAUGCUCGGGGUAGGUCGAAAAG